AUGAUCAGAUUUGAUCCGGACGAAGACGAGGAUAUGAGCGAAGAGAAACGCUUUUACUACCUUAGACUCAUGGCAAAACCAGGUCGGAAGCCAAUCAAAACGAAAUUCGUCACAUGGUCGCCCGAACAGCAAAAAAGUAGCCGUGACGACGACCCAGUGCUUGAGAGCCAAGCAAUGCGGGUGGUCCGUACGAUAGGACAAGCGUUUGAGGUAUGUCACAAAGUGGCACAGGAGCAAAUGUUGGAGAAGCACGAAGAUGAAGCAGCCAAGAGCAAAGCUUCUCUCGCUAGCGAGGACGAUACGGGUAUUCCUUUGGACGUCAUUGAAGAGCGAGGAGCUGCUGAGGAGAGCAGUAGGAGCCAAAGUCCCGCCGAGCCUUCUACUGGAGGUCCCUUGUAUGGACGGCGGAUGUCCUUGUUUCAACCGCGAAAAGCAUCGUCAGCAAGUUCGUCGGUUGGCACAGCCAUUGACACGACGGUACAGGGUGGCGUCGAUCAAACAGUGAAGCCGGAGACGUCAACGUCAGUCAAUCCGAACAAUCCACUUCUUCAGCAGCUAACUUCACAACAGUCUGCGCAACAGCAGCAACUACAACAACUAAAACAGCAACAGUCAUCGCACCAACAAUUAGCUCAAGCGCAACCCACGAAAGAUAUCUCCGCCUACACUUCCUCAUCGACACUACCCCAUGCUCGAACUUGGAGUGCGGGGCCAAUCGGUGCAAUCCCUUCGUUUCCUGCCGUACCGCCUUCUAAUUCGUUGGAGGGCCACUCAUUGUAUUACCCGGUGCAACAAUUAGUCUCGAGUUCAGCACAAAUGCCCUAUGGGCUUUCCUCGCCUGUCUUGGUUUCACCAUAUGCAACAUUACACUUGAACAUUCCACCUGUAGAUGUGAAUAGUCCUGAAAGUGCAGCAACUCUUACACGAUCACUAGAUCAGUACAAUCAGCAGUUGAUACGCUCUCAACUAGAUCAAGCUCAGCAGUCAGCGCAGGUUGCUGGAUGCCAAGUACAGCUCCUCAGGGAUCAACUGACGAGUGAAACUACAGCUAGGAUAGAGGCUCAAUCUCGAACACAUCAAUUACUUAACGCAAAUCGAGAAUUGCUUGAACAGGUCCAGUGCUUAGUGCAACGGUUACAGCAACUCGAAACAAAGAUUACGAACGAAAUCCAGCAGAGCGUACAGUCACCGAUUGGUGGUGGUCCUCAAACGUCGUCGACGCCUGUUAGUUGCCUUCCUGCGUACACAUCCUUUCACGAGGAGGACGAUGCUCGUCUGCCUGCUGGUACACAACAUAGACAGGAAAAUCUACCUUACCAGGUUAUGACGUUAGCGGAUCUCAGGGCUGGCUCAUUGCCACCGAAGGACUCGAGGGAACGACGGUUUAAGGAUGAUGGAGCGAAGACCGAACCGGAAAGUAAUAACGAGGACACGACCGAUUAUUCGAGUAGCGAUCAAUACGAAAAAUCGUCGACGGCCAUAAAAGCGAACGUACCAGCCCACUUCAAUGUAUUGAUGACCAACCCUCUUGCGGACGUCAGCAUUCCAUCAAGUAUAGGCGAACGUGAGCCACAACCCGGCACGUCCACGUCUCCGCAACAGAGGAAGCCGCGAUCGGGUGGUAUCUUACGGGGAGAAAUGGAGUUUGCUCGAAUGUCAUUCAAUACAAGGUAA